AUGACUCGAUUCGCUCAGUUCACUGCUGUUGCCCUCGCGCUGGUCGCCCCGGCAUUCGCAGCUUGUGAUUACGGAACCCAUCUCUAUCCCCGAGAGCGCACCGUCCCGGUCAGCACUUUUGGCUACAAUGACCUCAUUGGCCCUCUGAACUGGUUCGGCCUCAACAAGACUGCCAACAAGCUCUGUGCCACCGGCCAGCACCAGUCUCCUAUCGUCCUGGACUCUUCCAUCGCUACCGCCCACGGCAGUUCCAUCUCCUUCAGCGUGGAACCGUCCCCCCUUGGAAGCGAGUUUGAGAACUUGGGCAGCACUCUCGAGGUGCCCGUCAACGGCUCACUCAAGGCCGAUGGCAAGGACUACACGCUGGCUCAGUUUCACUUCCACACUCCUAGCGAGCACCGCAUCAACUCUGAAUAUCACCCUAUGGAGAUGCACUUUGUGUUCUCUGCCCCUGACAAGUCCACUGCUGUGGUUGCUUUCCUGAUCGCUCUCGGUGUGCCCGACCUUCUGCUGUCCUCCGUCUUUAAGCAUGUUGAGGAGAUUGCGACUCCUGGCCACACUACCGAGACUGGACCUCUCGUGUUUUCUGCGCUGGAGAGCCACCUUACGUCCAACGCCAUCUACACUUACUCUGGCUCACUGACCACUCCUCCUUGCACCGAGGGCGUUACUUGGUACAUUAGCUCCCAGCCUCUGCAGAUUGACCAGGUUACCUAUGGCCGUGUCAAGGAGGUGAUCAAGUUUAACGCUCGCUACACCCAGAACAAGCUUGGCGGCGUGAACCUGCUGCAAAACAUUGCCGACGAGCUGAAAUAG